AUGUCCCAUGACGUGCGACGGGAGAACGGCUGCCCCGGUAUAGUUUAUCGCGCCGACGGACACGCGGAGACCACGGUGAUGCACCCCGGCGACAUGCACGCGACGAGGAAAUGGUCCGAGUGCUCCCGGAGCUACCUGCGUUCGUUCAUCGAACAAGGCCUGGCGUUCUGCCUGGAGGACGAGCAGCAGGAUCAUCGGUUCCCCAGCGCGGAGAUGCUGCCGGGUGUGAUGUACAACGGCGACGAUCAGUGUCGCUUGCUCUACCGGACGGACGCUCGGCAGUGCGACAUGGGGAUCACCUGCGAGACCCUCAGGUGCGCCGUGCCGGGCGGAGGUUGCGUGUCCGCGAGGAAACCACCUGCGGAGGGCACCCCAUGCGGCGAGAAGAGGUGGUGUUAUCAAAUGAAGUGCCUGAUGGUGGGCGAGCGUCCCGGGGCCACUGACGGCGGUUGGGGCACCUGGUCGUCCUGGAGCGGAUGUUCCCGGACCUGCGGCUCCGGAGUGUCGCACUCCGUAAGAAGCUGCAACCGGCCACCCCCGUCCGGAGGCGGCUCUUACUGCAUCGGCGACAGGAAGCGCCACAAAAUUUGCGCCACGAACCCGUGCGACGUUGGCACGCCGUCGUUCCGCGACGUGCAGUGCGCCGAGUUCGACGACUGGGUGUUUCCGGAAGACGGCAAGACUCAUCGCUGGCUGACGUACAAUUUGCCGGAAGACUUGAGAGCGUCCGAGAACCCCUGCGCCCUUUAUUGCCGGAGCGAGACCAAUCUGGUGACGUCGCUGAGGCCGAAAGUGGUGGACGGUACCACAUGCUACCGAGGUAUUCGGGAUAUUUGCAUUGGCGGGGUAUGCAAGGAGAUACCCUGUGACCUGAAUAUGGAGUCCACGGCGGUCGAAGAUGUUUGCGGCGUUUGCAAAGGCGACAGCACGUCUUGCACGCUGAAGCAGGGAACCCUGUCGUUCGCCGCACAGCCGCGACUGAAGAAAAUAACGGACGCGCCGGCAGGCUCCAGGAAUAUCCGCGUCGAGAUGGCGGAGCCGGCCAAAUCCAGGAUCGUCGUGCGCAGCAGGAGCACGAAGACCGUGUUGAUCGACGGUAACCGUCUGGGAAUGUUCGACGUGCCGGGCUCCAAGGCGUGGCUAGGUACGAUAAGACCGAGGCAGGGAGCCCUGAGCGUGCCCGGACCCGUCACCGAGGACCUGGUUAUAUUGGUCUUACCAAAGGAGAACGUUACGUUGAAAUACUCGUUAGGAUUGAAACGACGAACUCGUCGUAAACCCGAGUUCUCGUGGGACUUUAUCGACUGGGGCAAGUGCUCGGCGGGCUGCGGCCCGGGCGAGCAGAUAUCGAAAGCCCGCUGCGUCGAGAAGAUCGGCGGCCUGGUGGACGACAGUUUCUGCAGCCACCUCGCUAGACCGGACGCAAAGGUCAGGCCAUGUAACGAGGCUUCCUGCAUGCCGCGAUGGAUCAUCGGCGACUGGCAAGGCUGCACACCGUGCGCGCCGGGCUGCGAGAGGAGGCGCGCUGUCAAAUGCGUACGGCCUGUCGGCCGUGGCGAGCAGGAUGUCGACGUGAUCGAGGACGACUACUGCCAAGGACCAAAGCCGAAGGAGUCCGAGUCCUGCGUCAGCCGACAGAGACGAGGGGACGCGAGCGCCGCCGACGGCGAACACGACGGUCCGUCGCUUACACGGCGCAACGACUUCAUUAAGGUCGCUCGGGACCUCGCCAGGAUGCCUUCUGGCCACAUCGUAGGAGACCGAUGUGCUCGCGAUGAUCCGUCGCGGACGAGACAAGCUACGCGAGAAGACACGCCAGCUCUCUCGCGGCCAACCAAAGCCGCGAGUGCGCUUCCAAAGACGAGAAGCAGUCGAAUUCCACCUCGCGAGACUCGCUCGAGAAGUUCAAACGCUGCGAACAACGACGCGGAGACAGGCGGCGCGCACGAGAUGAAGAAGGGCCAAGUGGUGCUUGAUAAGGAGGACAUCCGCAAUCUCACGCUCACGAUUAUUCUCGAACGAGACGACCAAGACGUCGUCGCGAACUUUCCCAAGGACUUCGAGCCGCAGCCCCCGGCGAACAGCACGGAAUUCGUCCUGACCGGCAUGGACGCCCUCAGGUACAUCCAGAGGAUCCAAGAGGAAGCGCGCGCAUGACUGUUUUGAGGACUUCCGCGAGGUCGGAUCGAUCGCGCGAACGGUCGAUCCGACGAUCCGUCGAGCCCACGACUGAGAGGUGGAGGAGCAGGAGGAGAAAAGGAUUUAUUUAUCGCGCGGGACACAUGCGAGGUACAUCGAUUACUCUCGCGCAAGGGAAGUUCGCCGUUCGUCUUCCGGAACACCUCGAGUGAAAAGCCGCGCGUGUGUCCGCGGAAGAUGAAUUCGCGAGUCGACUCGAGCGAUCAGUUACGCGAGCCGUCAGCGGGACUUUUACGCGUCGCCGAACAGGAAGGGCGGGGCUGCACGGAUCGCCGACUUGGCCGAGAGCGAUAAAAACUAUCGUUACGUUGUACGAGAGAGAGAGAGAGAGAGAGAGAGAGAGAGCGGAUU